ACAGCGCUGUGUUUACACCCCUCCCUCCUCCCCGUCGCCACCGCCCCCCCUGCGUGCCGCGCAUGCGCAGCAACCGCCUCGGGCCGCCAUUUUGUGCGGAGCCUACUCUGCAAACGCGGGAGAGGAUUAAAACCAGCGAAGAGGAAGCACGCAGUUGUACUUCGCCUCGUACUAAAGGAAGAGCGGAUCGCGGACCUUGUGUCGGAUUCAACGAGAGGAUAAACGAGCAAAAGCAGGUAGUACCCAUGGAAGGGGGACAGACCGAAGCUGUAGUGGAUGAGACAGGGGACGCUUUCAAAGCCAAGGACUGUAAGACGUACCAACGGCGGCGCGAGGACGAAGAGGUCGAAGCCGAGCUGUUGCAGGCCGCUGGUCUGGAGGCGGUGGAGCAGCCCGUAGCCGAGGGGGAGGUGACCGGUGCCGUGGUUGACGCACAGCAGCAGCUGGUUGAAGGCGUGGUUAGCGUAAACAGCGGCAUAGAAAUGAUGGUGAUGGACUCGCUGGAUCCAGCCCUGCUACAGAUGAAGACGGAAGUGAUGGAAGGUACCAUGGCUGCUGGUGUGAGUGUAGCUGGGGCAGCUCACGAGGCCACAGUCACCACUGUGGAUGACACACAGAUCAUCACCCUGCAGGUGGUCAAUAUGGAGGAACAACAACUGGGCCUGGGUGAACUGCAACUAGUGCAGGUGCCUGUUUCAGCUGUGCCCGUCACUGCCACCACCGUGGAAGAGCUGCAGGGAACCCUGGUGGAUGCUACUGCCAUGCCCAAAGAUGGAGAGCCUGUCAUCUGUCACACGCUGCCACUCCCAGAGGGCUUCCAGGUCGUGAAAGUAGGUGCCAAUGGAGAAGUGGAGACGGUGGAGCAGGAUGAGCUCCACGGCCAUGAGGAGCAGUCUCUGCAGCAGCAAGAAGAGGAGGAGAUUCCUGAACCCCAGAAUGAUGAUCCCACUUGGGCCAAGGAUCCUGACUACACACCUCCUGUCAAAAAGACAAAAAAGACAAAGAAAAGCAAGCUGCGCUACAACACAGAGGGAGAGAAAGACAUGGACGUGUCUGUUUACGACUUUGAGGAGGAGCAGCAAGAAGGCCUGCUCUCAGAAGUUAAUGCAGAGAAGGUCGUGGGCAACAUGAAGCCCCCAAAGCCAACCAAAAUCAAAAAGAAGGGUGUGAAGAAGACAUUCCAGUGCGAGUUGUGUAGCUACACCUGCCCGAGACGCUCCAACCUCGACCGUCACAUGAAGAGCCACACGGAUGAGCGGCCGCACAAAUGUCACUUGUGUGGACGUGCCUUCAGGACCGUCACCCUGCUGAGGAACCAUCUCAACACACACACAGGCACCAGACCCCACAAAUGUACCGAUUGUGACAUGGCCUUUGUGACUAGCGGUGAGCUUGUGCGACAUCGUCGCUAUAAGCACACCCAUGAGAAGCCCUUCAAAUGUUCCAUGUGUGACUAUGCUAGUGUGGAGGUCAGCAAGCUGAAGAGACACAUUCGCUCUCAUACAGGAGAGCGUCCAUUCCAAUGCAGCCUGUGCAGCUAUGCCAGCAGAGACACCUACAAGCUGAAGAGACACAUGAGAACCCACUCAGGCGAGAAGCCGUAUGAGUGCUACAUCUGUCAUGCACGUUUCACCCAGAGUGGCACUAUGAAGAUGCAUAUCCUGCAGAAGCAUACCGAGAACGUGGCCAAGUUCCACUGCCCCCACUGUGACACUGUCAUCGCCCGCAAGAGUGACUUAGGUGUACAUCUGCGCAAGCAGCAUUCCUAUAUUGAGCAAGGCAGGAAGUGCCGUUACUGUGAGGCUGUGUUUCAUGAGCGCUACGCUCUCAUCCAGCACCAGAAGUCCCACAAGAACGAGAAACGCUUCAAGUGUGACCAGUGUGACUAUGCCUGCCGACAGGAGCGUCACAUGGUAAUGCACAAGCGCACCCACACUGGGGAAAAGCCAUAUGCCUGCAGCCACUGUGAGAAAACUUUCAGACAGAAACAACUUCUGGACAUGCAUUUUCGUCGCUACCAUGACCCCAACUUUGUGCCCACUUCCUUUGUGUGCACCAAGUGCAGCAAGACCUUUACACGCAGGAACACCAUGGCCAGGCAUGCUGAGAACUGUUCUGGAGUAGAAGGUGGUGAUGGAGAGAACGGUGCUCCAACCAAAAGAGGCCGUGGUGGCAGAAAGAGGAAGAUGCGCUCCAGGAAGGAUGAUGAUGACAGUGAUGAUCAUGGAGAGCCUGAUUUAGAUGACAUUGAUGAGGAAGAGGAGGAGGAAGAUGCUCUUGAUGAUAUGGAGAUGGAGGUUGAGCAAGCUCCACCAACUGUCCCUAUCCCUGCCCCUGCUGAGCCGCCUGUCAAGAGGAAACGUGGUCGACCUCCCAAGAAUCCUCCCAAAGCUUCUCCUGCUAAGAACACGGCCAUAGCACCUACUGCGACUGCCAUUAUCCAGGUGGAGGAUGAGGGCACGGGAGCCAUUGAGAACAUCAUCGUGAAGAAGGAGCAGGACGGCAUGGAUUCUUCUUUGGCAGCGUCAUCGGAGCCUGUGGUGGAGGAGGUUGAAGCCACAGAGGGAGGAGUGGAGGCAGAGCAGCUCUCCGUCCCUGAGGCCGCACCCAAUGGAGACCUCACCCCUGAGAUGAUCCUCAGCAUGAUGGACCGGUGAUGUGCUCUCCCAGGCCCAAUAUCCACCUGCUCGUGUGCGUCCUCUCCCAUGCUGUCACCUCCCUGCCUCACAGAACGCAGCCAAACUCCUUUCUGCUGUGUUCUCCUUCAGUUUCUGAUAUGUGGAAUGAAAUAUCCAAUGUUCCUUUUUCACUCUUACUCUUCACUUUAAUUUGUGUUCUGUUUUUGUUUUGUUACAUGCUUUUGACUCAUGAUGUCAACUGUGCUAUGCUGGUUUUUUGUUUUUUUGUUUUUUUGUUUUUUUUAAAUUUACAUUGAGUUAUUAGUCUGAUUAUUGUCCCAUGUAUACCAUCUAGUGUGUGGCGAGGGUUGCAGAAAUGCUUGUGUGCGAAUCCGGUGACUGUAAUUGGUUACUCAUAUUUACUGUAGUAAACUGCACACAUUUAGAUGUUUUUGCCUAAUUAACAUGCCAAUUUUUUUUGCAGCCUCCAGUCUAUUACAUUACCAUGGCAAUAUUUGAAAAGGAAAACUUGGUGGGCCUGGUCAAGCCUUGAUAUUUAGACUUUCUAUCACUGGUGUAGAAUGGGCAUUUUAACCCAACAAAUAUCCUUUUAACAUCUGACCCGUGGCAACUUUUAUUCUGUUUCAUUUCUUAUAGCUUUCGAUGAUUACAAUUGCUGAGAGAGAAAAGGUUAGAAAUAUGGCCAUAUAAUUGUAUGGCCUGGGAGAAUUUCCAUCGAUCACAUUUGAAAUAACUAGAAUCUGAGGUAGUUAACGUUGUACAAAAGAAGAGUAAUCUUGGCUGGUCUUGCGUGUAAAUAUGUUUUCUGUGUUUUUUUGUUUUGUUUUGUUUUGUUAUGAACAUUUUAAUCACUUUCAAGUAAAACGAUGACCUUGAAUGCAGACACAAUGAUAUUUUAAACAGUAGUUCUUUGAAAACAUGCUCCUGCAUAAUUUUAAAUCUUGACAUGGGUGUGAAGGCAAAAGAUCAUGUAAGUGUCCCAUUCCCUUUUUCCUUGGCCUUCUAAUGCUAUUUGGGUUUGUGAAUCCAGGGAGGGAAUUAGCUAUUCUCCUUUAUGAUGAAUUAAGAUAGUAAGAUAAGAGUCUAUAGCUUGUUUGUUAGCCCCCAUGUCCAUGUUUGGUUUUGAGAUUUGUAAAGGUAAGCGUAGCUCUUGAGUGGUGUAGUGGUAAUGAAAUCCCAAGGUUUAGAUCCUGACACUGUAAAGGAAGGAAAAAGGACCGGCGGGGAAAAUUGGAAGUUUGCCAACGCUAGAUGAACACUGAGUCCUAUAACUUGGUGUACUCUAUGCCCUGACUCUUUGAUUCAGUGUGACUGCUGAUGUGCUUGAGUUGUUCAUUGAUAACAAAUCAGAAAAAGGUCUCUGUCCAUAGCAACUUUCUCACAUUUCUGUUCAGAUCACAUACAGUCCAUAUAACUUGAGCUUGGUAAAGCCAUUCUGAUGCAUUAAGUUCUGGAAGAACUGUUUGCAUAGAGGUAGUUUAUAAGAGAGUUCACAUUUAGAAGGACUGUCAUUUUCUGAAUUAUAUAUUUUUUUUCCCAGAUUCAGAAUUUUUCCCUACUUGUACUUUGCAUUUACAUUUCUUUCUUUUUUUUUUUUUUUCUUUUUUUUUUGUUAAGCUCUUAAUUUUAGAAUGAUGCUUUUCCCUUUUUUGUACCUAACUGUAACUGUGUGAAUUUUACAGUGGUCAAAAAAACCAACAUAUAAAGACAUUUAUUAUGGCUGGGUGGGGCUUUGAGGGAAUAGGAGAAAUGUGGAGAAUGUAUUGCUGUACAGCUAAUAAAAUAAUAUUGUCCUA